AGAUUGCAACCAAAAAGAACCGGAAAGCAGUCAGUAGUCAACCAGGUUCUCCGCCUCUUUUGGGGAGUGGUCAAUGGCUCGUGACAUACAUCUCUCGCUCAAAAGCUUUAUCCGACCUCGAACGCUCGAUAUGUGGAAUGUCUCGUGAGCAACAGAACGUCGGAGGCGAGGGGAGGGGAGGGGAGGGGAGGCGCAUGGGAACCCUUGACCGAUGUCUGUAACAGACUCUGCCAACUUGUACCCAGUUUCUCGGCUUGCCUCAUCUCAUCAUUCGUUGCGAUGAUACCCAAACGGCCAUAAAGCACGCGUUCCAGUAAAAUGGCCAACAGCUCCAGAACCGGAGAUGCUUUUGCCGAGCAUAUUGGGGGGAGUCCUGUAAUCGACGGCCAGCUGCCGCAGCAGAGGGAGGGAGAGAGGCAUGGCUUUGUUUGCAGCACUUGCUCCACUCUUCUGACUGACUCACUGCUGCAAGACUAUUUAAAACUCGCCGGGUGCUUCUGGACUUCUGAACACAUGGGCUGCAAUCAUUAGCGUUUCAUGUGUCCAAAGUUGGCUGGAUGUCGAGCAGGGGCUGCGACGCAAUUCGAGACUACUGUACAGCAGAGCUAAUGGGACUACUCUACGCGCUAGUCCACAGACCUCGUCCAAUGGUACGUAGGUAGGGAGUCCUGGCGGUGGGCUGAAGCGACUGAACUAGACGUGAACCAUAGCUCGAUGGAACGAAAGGAUCCCCCUUCCGAGUUUCCAGAUUCCAUUCAUGAGUUUCGGCUGCAGCUCACACAGGAAACGACAAAGAAACCAGAUGACUGCCAAUCAUGAAUCGCAGUUGUCGAUUAUCCAGCCUCUCAUCAUUCGGCCUAUAUAGUGUUUGCACAGAAAUAUCUCUCUUCAUGCCAGUGGAAACACGAGAAUGGAAUGGCUGGAAGAGUCUGUCAGACAGCGUGACGAGAAUAUCUAUGAUCCUAGUCUGGUUUAGAUCCCCUGUUCUGCGAGAUCGUAGUCCACCGAAUGAUCGUGACGAGGAUACGUAUAAUUCUGCUACAUCUCGCUUCCGUAUACUCGCUCUGCAAGCAUUAUGAUUGUGUCGUAAUCCGUUGUAAAGCAUCGGAUCUGUGUGUGUGGGCCUUCUGAUCUUGAGGGUUCGGUGAUGGUAUCUGCCGAGACCUGCUAGUCUGUUCAUUUGAGUUCAGUGCUAACGAGAGCACUCGUACUCCCUCCGUCCCUCCCUCCACAUUUAGGACUAUAAAUGUCGUUCGACAUGAAAUUUCGAUGUUCUCAGCUCUGUACGUAAUAAACUCUUGACAGGUACAUCCAUCCAUACGUGCACGACAGGAAUUUGGAAGAAUCACGAAGGAACCUUUUCUGUUUCAUGGCUGGAGACGGCGAUGCCUUUCCAUCUCUGCCCGCUUUCAGUAGGCGGGCGGCUGAUGGGAGGAUGGGGAGGAGGAGAGUACUCGCGCUCACUGCUCCUCGUCAUCCACCUACAAAUUGAGGUCGGUUUUGUUGUUGAAAGCUUCAAGAUACGUCUUCUACGCGAGGCGAGAUCGUGAGCCAAUGGCGGCCGCGCCUUUCCAUCGAGUAUCGCCUCAUCGAGAACGCUGUCCGCCUGCAAAGAUUCGAGCAGCAGCGCAUCUGAUGAGUCCACCCCUCCCGUCCAAUCCUCGAGCAGCCAAAUAUAUUGCUCUGCAGGUUUUGCGCCUCCAUUCCUGCUUUUUCGACGUUACGGUAUUUUCGGGCUCCAGUCAUAUUUUUUUAUAUAUACGGUCACCUUCUUUACGGACGUACACGGUACGUAGAGGUCCGAUGUGUGUCAGUCAUCAUCACGCGAGGGCCAGCUCAGCCCCCAGCUCAGCCCGCAGCCCUCCGUCCAGAGUGACGGGGCUUCUGCCGUGCACGACCUUUGUUUCGUGACCUUCCUUCGAGGGCUGUCGUUGUGGUGUCUGGAAAUCAUGUGCGCUUGGUGCUCGCUGUCUGACGUCGUGACAAGGCUCGCGACCUGAGCAAGAGGAGGACUUGGAGCAAGAGUAAGUCGAGAUGUUGGCUCUAUCACAACCUCUGGUGGUGUAGGGACAGGGAGGGACUCGUGACGCUCGGAUGCUGAUGUCGUUCGAAAGUGCAGUUCAAAGGUGGGCGGAAUGUGCUGCGGAGUGGCCAGAGCUGAGAUCAUUCCAGCCGAGCAUUACGAUUUUCCUGUAUUGGAAUGGUGCGGUGGCUUUCUACAGUUUUUACUUCGAGAAAGCUAGUACUGUACAUUCAAGAGUGCUCCCAUGGCACUGUCCAUCGUUAAAGCCUCUGUCAAAGUACAUCUGAGCUCAAAUCUGUGUGAAAGCAGUCAGUCAGUCAGUCAGUCAGCUCGCGCGACUUCAGGAUUCCGUGAGGCCUGCUAAUUUUCGGUGUUAUACUUUUACAUUCAAUCUGCUUCACAAUCAAGCGGAGAAAUCUAAUCAGCCUACCACUCCUGGCAUCUAUAGUCCUCCGGUGUUCAAGCUCAGAGACAUCCUCCUGAGUCUUCGUUCGGGUACGGUACUGUAGAGCCCGUGGACUCUUCCGUUCUCAUGUGUCCUCCACUUUCUGCUUGUGAUUUUAUUUGAUACCUUGGCCCCCAAUGCCAACAACAGCAGCUGCUUUGUAGGGAACAAGCCAGCCCGCGAUUGUGGUUUUCAGCUUCUUGAGGCUUGUCUUAAGGCUUGUGACAACAAAGGGCUGGACCGACGGCAGCAAGGAGACAAACCCUCGAGCUCUGCUUGUGAUUACCAUGUGCUCGUACUUUCUCAAGCAUAUAGUCAGUCCAACAUAGAUUGUUCUGUCAUCGAAUUCCAUCUUUAAGAUGCUUAUCGAGUGGCAAAGCGCUAGAAUUUGAAAGUCCUGAACAAAACAACUAACCAGUCAAUGAAGGAACGUACAAGGAACACCGGAUACUCAAUCUGGCAUGUACGUUUCUAGUGACGUAAGAGGGGUCCAGCCUGAGGUUUCGGAUAUUCGAAAUGAUUAGUGAAGUAGAGCUUGGACAGACUCCAUACAUUGAGUUCUGGAAUAUAACAGGGCCAACAGGCAGGCCCAAGUUGAUUACAGUAGUCAGGCCAGAGUGGUUUCAGACUCCAAGCCCUCUUUUUUAUACCGCGGAUAAUAACGCUAGAGACGAGGGUCAAGGUACAUCGUAAGUUGCUAACCUCAAUCUGGGAACGUCAAUGUGAUACACACCACUGGAGGGUAUGGUGGAGAAACAAGUAUAAAGUCUUUUCCAUUGAGCAUGGUGCUUGGGCAUUCCCAAAAAAUUCUGUAACUUGUAUAAAGGUUCCCGCAGAUAGGCUUCAGCUCAGCUAUCUGAUGCUGAUUUCGAAUUAGCAGAUCACCUCGCCAGUCGAAUCCCAGAAAAGAAGAAGACUGACUGUAUUUGUUUGAUGUG